AUGUGGUGGCUUCUUAGCCACCUGUGCACCUGCCUCGGCAGGGACAAAGCUGCAAACCUCCUCCCCGAGGAGGAGUCUGGAGGGGGAGUUGAUUAUGGCUACGCCGUAGCCAAGAAUGAACGCGCAAGGAUGGAAGAUGCCAUCGACAUCCGAGAAGACGUUGCUGGAUUUAGGCUCUUUGCAGUCUAUGACGGACACGCAGGGAGUGCAGCUGUCAUGCUCGCGAAGGAAAAUCUCCCCAGAAUCUUGGGACGCUACCUCCAGGACGCUGCGGACGUGGAGGGGGCCAUCAAAGCUGCAUUCCAAGCUGCAGAUGAGGAGGUCAUGCAAGCCCUCUUGGAGAACAAGGCCACGGCUGACAUGGCUGACCUACAAACAUCUUCGGGGACAGUAGCUUGUCUUGGCUUGCUAAAGAACAAGGAGAUGUGGAUUGCCAAUCUGGGUGAUUGCCGCGCUGUAGUGUCCAAUGAUGGCACCGCAGCUGCAAUUUCGUGUGACCACGCCCCGGAGAAGAACGCGGCUGAGGCAGAACGGUUGAAGAAUGCGGGGGUCAGCGUGGAAGCCGGCUAUGUUGACGAGCACGUUGCGGUAUCAAGAGCCUUGGGCAACGUGCGCCUCCACAGUGGCAUCAAGGUGAAUGGCAUCACGAAUGAGCCUGAGGUGUUCCGGGUGGCGAUUGAUGACGCCGUCGACUUCAUCAUGAUUGGGUCAGAUGGCAUCUGGGAUGCACUAAAAGAACAGUUUGCUUCGACUCAUGCCCGCAAGGCACUCCGAACCACGGCAAAGCCGGAGGAUGCCGCAGUUUCGAUCCUGCAAAAUGCGGGCAGGGUCAGCAAGGCAGACAACGCUGCAGUGGUUGUGAUUGUGUUCAAGUUUCCGGAGCCGCUGCCAAAACGGCCAGCGGUGCAAAGAAAAUCCUUGACGGCGUUGCAGGAGUCAGCUGCAUAA